GCGAGCAUCCUUCCAGCCCGCUGGUCCUCCUUCGGCCGGAGGACAGAGCCGCCUCCCGCCCUCCUGCCCAGAGAAGGGACCGCGCCCACCGCUCGCUCGCCCAGCCGCUUCUCGCUCGCCCGCUUUGCUCGCUCUUCUCCCCGGGUCGUCCGUUCCCUCGGUCCGCCCGUCCGUCCGUCCCGUCCGGCUUUCUCCGCCUCUCCGCUCGGCCUCGCGCUCCAUCCCCAGAGCUCCGUCCAGCUGGAAUGAAUAGAUCUGAGCGCCCUUUCCGUGCAGAGGAGAUUCCGCAAGCCCGAGGCGACUUUUCAUGGGGAGCCGUCGCGGCUACCGCCGCCGCCGCCCCGCCGCCCUCCGCAGCCGCCCCUGCCGCGCCUGAUCCGGGGCUCGCUUACCCGACGCCGCCGACGCGUCCCAGCCGGCCCGUCGCCCGCAGCCGAUCCCCCAGCCCCGAGCCCGGCUUCGGCUUCUGCCCCGGCGUCGCUCAGCCCGGAGCUUCGGCUCUCUCGGCUUCCACCGCGGCGGCGGCGGCGGCUCCCCCCAGCAGCCCCGCUCCCAGCCCCGACGCCGCGGCGGCAGCAGCAGCCGCCUCUGCCGGCUAUGGCUACGGCGGCGUCCCGGGCCGCGCCGAGGGCAAGAGCAGCAGCGGAGGAGGCAACGGCGAGGAUUCGCGCAUCCGCCGCCCGAUGAACGCCUUCAUGGUCUGGGCCAAGGACGAGAGGAAGCGGCUGGCCCAGCAGAACCCGGACCUGCACAACGCCGUGCUCAGCAAGAUGCUCGGCCAGGCGUGGAAAGCCCUGAGUACCACUGACAAGCGCCCCUUCGUGGAGGAAGCCGAAAUGCUCAGGAUCCAGCAUUUGCAGGACCACCCCAAUUACAAGUACCGACCCCGCCGGAAGAAGCAGGCCAAGAAAAUCAAGAGGAUGGAACCAAGCAUCCUUCUCCACAAUCUGCCCCAGUCCUGCGGCGAGAAUUUUGCCAUGGGCCACCGCAGCGCCGCCGGAGGAGGCGGCAUUGGCCACUCCCAGCCUCCGCCACUGAACCACUUCCGAGAACUGCGCUCGAUGGGGUCAGAGAUGGAGAACUACGGCCUGCCAACCCCGGAGAUGUCCCCUCUGGAUGUCCUAGAACAGGCGGAGCCGGCCUUUUUCCCGCCGCACAUGCAGGACGACUGCAAUGUGAUGUCCUUUCGCGGGUACCACCACCCUCCUCCUCCUCCUCCACCGCCGAUGGAGUUUUCCCCGGAAAAAAACCUGGGGAGGAACAUGGUCAUGGGGUACCCCCCCAACCCACCCUCCCACCUGGCCGAAGCCAUGAGGACUCCCCACCACCCGUCUGGGAUGUACUACAACCAGAUCUGUGCCGCGGGAGCCCCCAACGGGCUGUCGGCCCACCUGGGCCAGCUGUCUCCUCCUCCUGAAUCGCACCAGCUGGAUGGCGUGGAGCACUUGAACCCGAACGAGCUGUGGACAGAAGUGGACCGCAACGAGUUUGACCAGUAUUUGAAUAUGAGCAGGACUCGUCCGGAUCCUUCUGGCUUCGCCUACCAUAUUUCUAUGUCCAAAGUGACUCCCCGGAGUUGUGAGGAUAACAGCCUCAUCUCAGCUUUGUCCGAUGCGAGCAGCGCUGUUUAUUAUAGCGCCUGUAUCACUGGGUAAACGUUGAAUUAAGGGAGAGGUUUGGGGCAACCCCACAAGCCGGGGGAACCGUUGUCUCCUCUUCUCAAGGAUGCUGGGAAAUUUGAGCGGAGGGACGUGCUCUGGACGAUCCCGGUUCAUUUUCCCAGGAUUCCUUGGGGAAAGCUAGAACAGUGAACCCGGUAUUAAUUGGAGAGGAGAUUGGGACGCAGGCGUAUAAGUAGUCCUCGAGUUGCAACCACUUAUUUAGCGACCAUCCCAACAGCACUUGAAAAAAAGUGACUGAUCCUCGCACUUAUGACCUUUCCAGCAUCAGGUAAUCGCUUGGCCACUGGCACCUGUUUACGACGUUUGCAGGGUCUCACCUGACCGCCGUUUGCAACCUUACCCUGCUGGCUUCUGACAACGCAGUCAAUGGGGGAAGUCAGAUUUGUUUAAUGACCAUCCGAUUCACUUAACAACCCCAGUGAUUCACAAGCUCUGGGGCAAAAAAAAAAAAAAAAGGCCGUAAAAUUGGGCGUGCCUCGCUUAACCGCUGCCUUGUUUAAGUCUUAGUCUCCGAUGCGGUUUGUAAGCCGAGGACUACUACCUCUGUCCGUAGGAAGUGGUUAGAUCAAAAGCAGGCCGUGGAAAUGCUAAUGCUUUGCUCCAAAGAGGAAGAGAUGAGUUUGCUCUUUGCAUGGUGUGUGAGCUUUUGAGCCAUGGAGAAGGAGACGGGACUCAGUUGCCUGUGGAGUAAAGUUCCUAUAAGGAACCUGGAAUAAAUUUUGUACAGAAAAUAUCUCACAGUUUGAAAACCGCUUGAGCUCAACUCCAAAGAAGCGGAGAAAGGGCCUUUUCAUAUUUUAUUUAUUUAUUAUUUAAAUUUUUAUAGCCAGAUAAAAAAUACACAAUAAUACAAUAUAAAUACGAUUAAAAUACAAUAAAAAAACUUAUUAAAUUGGCCAAGAUUAAAAAUUUAAGAUAAAAACCCAUUAAAAACCCAUAAAUUUAAAAACUAACCCAGUUUUACAAAGCUUUAAAUUUGUUCGAGACUUCGUAACAAAAGAUGAGCCUCAUAUUGGCAUCUGUAGUAACUACAGAUGUAGUAAUCUUGGGAUAUAUAUAGUCAUUUCCAGUCUCUACACACCAUCGCCUUCCAAUAAGACUAUGAAUGGCUAACUUUCUUGCCACGUAAUGUGUGAAUCGCCUCUUGGUCUCCUUUCCACAGUGGCUGCAAAGAUCAAAGCAAAACCAGUACAGCUCGCUUACAUUCGAGCCGUCUCCUGCUCUUUUUAUGUUACAGUAGUCCUCAACUUAAGACCACAAUGGAGCCCAAAAAUUCAAUUUGCUCAGGGAGAAAUUCGCUAAGUUGAGUUUUGCCCACGUUUUACGACUUUUAUUGCUGCGUCAGCGAAGCCCUGCGAAGUUGCUAAACUGGUAAAACCAUUGUAACUUCAAAUGGUCACUAAAUGAAUCGUAAGUCGAGGACGACGUGUUACCUGUACACAGACAGGCGGGAAAUUUCUCCUCUCCAAGGAAAGCCAGAACGUGGCCGGUUGCUAUCGUAGUCUGCCCCAUAACUGCCUCCCCGCUCUCUAACCCCUCCCCAAGGUGCACCAGGUUGCCCCAAACCUCUCUUUUGAUAUGUUAAACCUGCAGUAUUUUAGACUAUCUCAUUAAUGGCAUUGCUUUCUUUUUUUUAAAACAAACCAACCAACAAAUAAGGCUGAAGAACUGAUAUACCGUACUGCUGUAUAGCACAAGGAAAUGGUUCAAAACAGAAAAUGCAAUCUUAAGGUUCUAUAUAUGCUGGACAGGGGUACCUGUUGCUGGCUUUUUGCAGGUAAAGGCAGGGAAGGAAUUCAGGCAGGUACUUGCUGAGCUCCUCAUGAAUAAUAUUCAUCCACACCAGAGUUUCUUGGCGACUUUAAAACCUAGGGGCUUCGACUCCCAGAAUUCCCCAGCCAGCAUUGAAUUCUGGGAGUUGAAGUCCACACGUCUUAAAAGUUGCCACGGUCAUUUUCACAAUUCGGCCUUGGAGCAAACAGUAUCGUUUGAAUUCCUUUCCCGCUACCUAGAAGGUAUCCGGUAUUGAACGACCUGCGCCAGUCCCUCCUCUGCCGUAAUCGAAAAAAAGGUUUGUUUUCAAGGGUUUUAACCCUGGUUUCUAAAUCAAGAAAAACCCCAGACUGUUUUGCCCUCCCCACUCCCGCCCCCCAAGAUAAGAUUCAGUAAAAGAGUCAGCUAAAUUUUGAAAUGGUGAUAGUUGGAUCUCAGCAAUAUCCACAGAGUCGGGCCAGUGGUGAAAUCAACAUGGCGGUUUGCAAAGGUUGCGUUUCAAAAAAAAAAUUGGGGUCAUUGCAGGGAAUCAUCGGUGAAAAAAUGCGAAGCCUGUGCUGCAUUGCUGGAAUGCGUGAUUUCUUGCGAUGAACGCAUUAAUUGUUGGGAUGUUUCAUAAGGCUGGACGUUGUAGGGGAUAAAACAAAGAGAGGAAGGUAGCCGGAAGUGAUUAAAAGAGUGAAGAAGGGGAAGUGUUGGGAAAGUUGUAAAGAAAGGCAAGAGGCUUUCUGGAUUAUGCCCGUUUGCUUGGCUCUUAAUCCACGGAAUUUUAGAACUAAGGGACACAGAAAGGUCAUCUAGUCCAGCCCUAUGCGACAGGAAGGAAAUGCAUUGAUUUAAAUCCCUUCCAAGUGGCUUCUUACUCCACCCCGCCUUGUUUUGCGAUUCCUGGAGUGCGAUUCUAGGCAGGUGUAGAAUUUAUUCCACAGAUUUUUGCUAUUUGUAGGUGAAAGUCCCACUUAAAUGACAUCGGCGCAAGAGAUUUGGGAGGUGGGGGUGGGGGGUAAACUGAGGGCAGGUCUCUUUGUCUGCAAAGCUUCAGCCGUGUGUGGAUUUUGAACCCUUGGCUAAUUGCCAAGUGUGUGUGUAUGGGCACGUAUUUGAAGCUGAUGUUUUUAAAGCAGUGUUUCUCAACUUGGAAGAUACAUGGACUUCAACUCCCAGAAUUCCCCAACCGGCUAUGACCGGCUGGGGAUUUCUGAGAGAUGGAGUCCACGCACCUUCAAAUUGGCAUGGCUGAAAAAAACGCUGCUUUAAAUCCGAUUUUAAAGCCAGACGGAUGUUUUUUGACUCUCCAUCUUAGCCUUCCAACAUUAUUUUCCCUGCAAAGUUUGCAAAAUGUGAGGUAUUCUGUGUGUAAAGCACCCACCCACACACACACGCACGUCUUCAAAUCCUCCUUACACAGGAUAUAAUCGUGGUCCAAGAUGGAACUAUAACCCCGUUUGGAACGUUAACCGAAAACUGCACCACGCAUGAAAAAAGUGAACAUGUCAAUCUUUAAAAUGCACACUUUCAUAAGUGAACGAUGCGAGUGUUAAAAUCCAGAACGAGCCUUUUUCAAUGUUAUGAAGGAACCGGGAUAAUUUUAGAGUGCCCCUUACCACUUAUUUCCCACCGUAUCAGAGCAUUCUCUUUGGUUUGGACAAAUCUAUAUUUUUUAACUAAGCUUUUUUUUUUAUAAAAAAAAAUUAUCUUAUCUAUAAAUAAUAUUUAAGCUGUUCAGGCAUUUUAUACUACGUCUUCUCUCUCUCUCUCUCUUUCCCUCGUAAUCGAUAAAAAGGGUAAUCACAGUGUUGAAAAGCACCUAUGUAGCAAAUAACGGAAGACGCAGCAGCUCUUAAGCUUCACGGGAGAGGUUGUCAAAUCCUCUGGAAUUUGGGGUUCGCGGGGGGGGGGGAAAUCCGCAGCCACCCUCCGAAAUUCCCAGCGAGCGUUUCGAAGGAUCCCACUUGGGUCUAUUGACCUACAGCAUCGCAGGGACACAUGUUGGAGCAUCGGACGGAAUCCAGCGCCUUGUUUCGCUGCCUGGUUAAUUAUUAGAACAUCUUUUCCUAAUUGCGCGACUCUCAUGCGCUUGUUAUGUGAACACAUGUUCCAGUUCUCCCACCCGCACCAACUGAUGUUGCCCCCCCCCCAAGUGUUUCCAGAUUUCUUUCUGGCAGCCGUUAUCCGUGUUUCGUCUCCACGUUGGCCUUCGUGGGAACCUCCCCCGCCAAGAGACGCUGUCAAAGAUGCGAAUGGACUGGUACUUCAAACCCAGGGGAUGAUAUAAAUAUAUAUAAAUAUAUAUAUAUAAACGGGCUGAUGUUCAGUAUGGCAAGUUUGGGAUGUGUUGGCACGGAAGGAAGCGUCUGUUCUCAGCAUGGAAAAACUCGAAUAAAACACCGUGAUAUUCUUUUCUCAG